AUGACGACACUCGAUAACAUGUUUUCUUACUACCACUUGCCCCCUCUUGCUCAUCCAGUCGAUGGCUUUUCUGUCGAUCGUGCCCCCAUCAGCAGGCCUUGCUUCACUCCCGUCGAUCCUCAAGCCGUCGUUGAUGCCAUCCUCGGUUGUUCUUCCCCCCCAAAGUUGUCCUUUUCUCCUCAACCUCUCGCUCAACUCGACCGAAUCGUCUCUCGUGUAAACGUUGAUUCCCACCUUUCUCACGACCUUGCCUUCAGGGUAUCCAACUGGGCCGUUUCCGCCACUGACAUUGUCACACGUCAGCACAUCAGAGUGGAGAACCAGCUUCAGAAUCUACUCGCCGGUACGCUCGGAACAGCUUCCAGAUCUUUACAUGGUUUGAUAUCAGGGACGGAUGUGGAUUGGAUCCCAUCCGCUCAUUGGAGAGAAUGCGCUAAUCUAACCACCGCCAACACCAACACCGCGACGACGACGACGGAUGGUGACCAAGCGUGGUCAAAACGAUCUGGAAACACGGAUCUCGCAAUGUUACGUUUGAUGGAUCCAUUCCGCCGUCUAGCCCAACGUCACGUUCCUCACUGGGAGGUGAAAAGAGAAGAUGUUUUCAACUUACCUUUGGUUUUAGAGAUGUUGGGAACGUUGAAGAGAUGCGCCUCUCACAAUGACGAAGAUAGGUUACCCAUUUUGGAGGUGGAUUCGAUGGGUAGACCCGUGUUGACGGAGAGGGCUGAACGACCGGCGGAUAGGUUCCCUGGGCGCAAGGUGAUUGAUAUCGCGACUUUGUGUAAUCAGCUUCAAGCUAAUCAAGUCGCUUCUCCAAGCUUACCUUUUCUCCCUCCCAUCUCGUUAGGCACUCACACUCGUCCUGCUGACACCGACACGGACACGGCCUCGUCAUCCAUCUUCCCUUUUGCUCCUGUCACACCUGGACCUGCACUGUGGAACCCGCUACGCCUCGUUUACGCUCUCGGUCUCGUGAAUGAAGACUCGGACAUUCUUGGGAAUUACAAGGCUUGGCCCAGUAAUGAUUCUACUGUUUGUAGGACAAGAUCGAGUAAGAGGAAGAGGCAGAAUGAUCAACCUGGUAACGAUAAUCAAAGAGGGAUCGGUCGAGGUCAGGAGGAGCAAGGUGCUGGUGGUGGUGGGGGUGGGGGUGGUGAUGUUGCUGGUGGUGGUGGUGGUGGUGGUGAUGUUGCUGCUGCUGCUGGUGGCGGUGGUGGUAGUUUGGCUCAACAUAGAAGUGUCACCGAGAGUACAAGAGGGAGUAAAAGGAUUGGGGAUACUCUGGCUAUUGGCUUUGAGAAACAAACUCUUCAUCGACCAAAACCCAAAAGACGUCCUCCUCCUUUACAGUCAUCCCAUCUCGACUCUUCGGAACCUUCACCACCCUCUUCUUCGGAUCCUCUCACUCCCCCUUUUGUGCCCGUCGAUUUACCUUCAAACGAUACGGACCACGUCAAGAUGAAUCUUGAUGUGAUGGAACGAGAUCAGAUGGUUUCCAAACUCCGACCAUACUGGUCGGAUACAUAUCCCUUAUCACACUUUUGA